AUGGCGGAUCUGCCAGCGGACCGAGUGCGUCAGGCAAAACAGUUCUCGAUCACCGGAGUUGACUAUGCCGGGCCGUUCUCGGUCUACAAUCGUCGUUCGCGCGGGGCGACCCCCUUCAAGGCCUACGUGUGCCUGUUUGUUUGUUUCACCACAAAGGCGGUCCACCUGGAGCUUGCCUUCUCGUUGACCACCGAAUCGUUUCUGUCGGCUCUGAGGCGUUUCAUGGCUAGGCGCGGCCGCUGCUCGCAACUCUAUAGCGACUGCGGGACCAACUUUGUUGGGGCUCAACGAGAGCUCGCCAACUGCUUGCAGGCCGCCUCGGAGAGAGAGAAAAUCCGGUGGACGUUCAAUCCUCCCUCCGCGCCCCAUUUCGGGGGUUUUUGGGAAGCGGGGGUCAAGGCGAUGAAGACCCAUUUCAAACGCGCAAUAGGAUCGCAGAUCCUCACCGUGGAGGAAUUCGGCACCCUUAUCGCGCAAAUCGAGGCUAUCCUAAACUCCAGGCCCUUGUGUCCUACGAGCUCCGAUCCCAACGACCUCGAGGUGCUCUCGCCAGGGCACUUUCUCACCCUGGAACCGCUCGUCGCGGUUCCGUGUCCGGACCUGGAGCCAGUGCCGAUGGGCAGGCUCAAUCGAUGGCAAUUGGUGCAACAUAUGCACCAACAUUUUUGGAGACGGUGGCAUGAAGAGUAUUUGCACAACCUCCAGCAGCGAUCGAGGUGGCUAAAGUCAGCACCCGCGAUACCGAAGGACACGUUGGUCCUCUUGAAGAGCGAGAAUACCCCUCCAUUGCAAUGGAAGCGGGGACGAAUCGUGGAGUUGUGCCCGGGCCGUGACGGGGUUCCCCGGGUCGCCACGGUGAAGACGGCGGACGGCGUCCUCACUCGCCCUCUGGUGAAGCUGUGCCCCUUCCCGUUGGGCGAUUCACCGGAGGGAUGCAUCGAGGCGUAG